AUGCCGGUCAGGGCGGUCGAUGAUUGGGAGGGUGCAAGUCAUAAGACCGUCAGGCCAGCAACGUCAGAAGUUGGAAUCAACAGCAAGUGGGGAGGGUUGUGUGCCCUGGCUGCCUGGCUGAUUGCAAAGCCUGUCCUUCCAGGUCGCUCCAGUCUACUUCGCAGGCCGCCCUUUGCUGCCUUGCUGGUGCGGAUCCUGCCUGGCAGAAUGAGGUGGAUCGGGGCAGUUCACCAAAAGAAGCAACGGCAAAGGUACUUGGGAAAUGACAGCGAUGGCAACUGCGAAGCAAAAUGCAUCAACAUGUCACAGACUCUGCAAGAGUGCCAGGCUGCUGGCAUGCUGGCUUCGCCGGCCAAGGAGUCAGUGAAUACUUCUCGCCAGGCCUCCAAGGCCUCCAAGGCCUCCAAGGCCUCCAACUCUUCGUCCAACGUCACGGCUUUGGAACAGCAGCUCCGAGAUUCGGAGGCGAAGGCGGUGGUGGCGCAGGAGUUGGAGGAACAAGAAAAGGAGUUGCUCAUCAAGACCAUCGCGAGAGCAAAAGAAGCAGAGGUUACAGUUCAGCGUGAGAAAAAGGAAAUUGCUUCUGAGAGCAAAGAAGCUCAGCAAGCAAUCCAGCGACAGCAGGAGCUGGAAGAAAAGCUGCGCAAAGCGUUGGCAUCUUUGCGGCAGUCGCAUGAACAUGGACAGAUGGUUGAAAAGAAAGAAAAGGCAGAUCUUGCGCGAGCUAAAUCUUUGGAGGAGGAAGUUACGGAAGUACAAAAGCAGCUGGAACUGGAGAAGAGGAACUCAAGCAGAGCCAUCGCCAAUGCCUCAGAGGAGGGGCUCAAAGCCAAUCGGUUGCGGCAAGAGGUCCUCAAGUUGGCACAGGAGUUAGCAACAGCGAAGAAGGACGUGGCUUGGGCCAAGAAGAAAGGUGAAGCUGCCGGGGAACGAUUAAACAAGGAAGAACACGAGGCCCACUUAGCCCUUGUGAAUCAGACCCAAGAAACGCUUGCAGCAAAGAAAGAAGCUGAAAGGGCAGAGGGAGCUACUCAGAAGGCCUUGAAGGAGUUGCGUACCAUGGAGCUGGCAUUGAAACAUGCCCGCAGUCAAAGAUAUGCCGCCGAAGAAAACGCUACAAAGCUCAUGAAGGAAGAGUCCAUGGUAGAAAAAGAGCUGAGGCGAGGGAGGAUACAAGCAAGAGCUGAUGCACAGCACAUGCAGUCUGCAGAGGCAAAUGCGAGCCAGGAACAUCGUGCUGCAGACCUGGCGCAAAAAGCUUUGGACAAAGAACGGCAGCAGUUUCAAAAAGCAAAGAGUCAAUUGGACAGAGCCAACUCAAUCGCAAGAACAUCUGCCAAAUUGGAGCAAGCUGCCAAGGAGAAGGAGCAAGAGACAGAGAAACAACUGUCCAUCGAGCAGCAGAGGUUCGAAGCGGAAAACCAAACAGCCCAUCAACUUAUGUUCAACACAACACGUUUGAAAAAGGAGCUGGAGCAAACACUCAAUGCCAGCAAACACGAAGCAACAAGAAAUCACGCACUGGCUGAACUACUGCGUGGUGCUCAUGCAGCAGUAGCCAAGGCAGAGAGUGAUGCGGAGAAAGCCAAAAAUCGAUCGGUGCAGCUCGAGGAGAAGGCCAACACAACAGCAAAGUGGGCAAAGCUGGCUGUGGCCAAUGCCACUGAUGCAGCAAGCAAGGCCCUUGCUGGAAAGCGGCAGGCCAUGGCAUCUAUGACCAAACUUAAGCAGGAUGUCAGGACUGCACGGAGCGAUGUGCAUAAGGAAGAAGAAGCAGCAAAGCGUAGAGAAGAGGAGGACAGAAGAGAAGCAGCACUUGCUAACUCAACCGUUGCCUCCUUGAGGGAUGAUGUCAAGGCAGACAAGCAUCACAUGAAGCUGGCUUUCUCAAACAUUUCCAUAUUGCGAAGAGAGGUUCAAGAUCUCCAAGGCAACUUGACUGCUUCUCGGCGGGAGGCGGCUGCGAACGAACGGGCUGCUGAGAUGAAGGCAAAACAUGUCAAGGUUUUAGCUGACAAUGCCGCAAAGGAAAAACAAGAAGCACUGGCAGCUGAGCACGAAGCAGAAGACAAACAGAAGACAAUGUUCAAGAGAUACGUCACCCUGAACAAAUCUGUGAAGCGCUUGGAGGAGGAGUUGCUCAAAGCCGAGCGAGUCGGCACCAAAGCCAACCAGAGUGAAGAAAUCGCUGAGAAGCAUCUCUCGAAGGAGGAAAAGAACGAGGCACAUUUAAAUCAGAGCAUUGUCUUUAUGACAAAGAGGUUGGAGAUGGAAGCGCAGCAGCUCCGUGCAGCGCAUGAGCAGGCAAAGGAAGCUGGAAAGGAAGCAGACUUAGAAAAGCAGAAGCGGCAGAAGGUGGAAAAACAAUUCACCAAACAGGAAGACAUUGAUAGACACAGAGUCGAGCAGUUGCAGAAGCAGUUGAGUGUUGCUACAGUCGCGCUGCAGACGGCCCACGCCAAAGAGCACGGUGCAGAAGAUCAGAUCAGAAGCUUAAAUGCGACGAUUGCAAAAGGUAUGGCAAGAUUGAAGGCCGAAACACGUGGAGAGAAAGCUUCCGAAGAAAAUGCAACGAAGCUGGCUGAGUCACUGGAGAGCGUUCGCAAGCAGAACACGAAUCUGACACGGCAGGUAAAAGCUGGAAGAGCUGCUCAAAGAGACUUGGAGACUUCAAAGGACAAGGUGAUUGAGGACGGCGAAAAGGAGGUGAAAGAACUGAAGGACAAAGAAGAGCGGCAGGACCAACUCACCAAAAAGCUUCAGCAUCAGCUCUCAGUGUCCAGACAGCAAGAGGCAGCAGAUCAAAAGGCCGCCAAAGAUGCACAGCAAGCUGAGCAUCGAGAAGAUUCAGAGCUUCAUGCUGCGGAAGCCCACGCUCAGCGUGCGGCUGAACUUGUACAGCAGGUCUUGCAAGGGCAUCCAGGGCAUAAAGGGCAAAAUGCCACCGGGGUGGCAACCACAGCUGAAGUUGUCAACCUGACAGGGGCACUCCUGCAACUUCGUGGAAAAGAGAGGGAAGCAGAGAAGGAAAAAGACUUGGCCCAGAAAGAGAUGGCACGGGAGAAGGACCGGGAAAAGGCCGCAGAGCUCAAUCAGACGAAAGCCCUGAAAGCGAUGAGGUCAAAGGAACGUUCAGCCCGGACAGCUUUGGCAAAUGCCACUUCUGAGACCCAGGGACGUGAGCAGCAGAUCAUCUCCCUUCAGCGCAGUCUUCACAGCGCCAAAGAGAGGGAGGCCGAGCUGUUGCCGCUGCUCCUGUGCCUCGUGUGCGUCCUGCUGGCCUUUGCACUGACGGUUUGCUUUCUCAGGAGGCACUUCUUAGCCCAACGUGCGCAGCAGUUCGAAACCAUUCUGCGCUUGAGUGUGGAGCGCUUGAAGGCCCUGAAGAUGCUGGAGGAUGCGACGGUACCGCUCUUGUCCAACAAUGGCAGCAGCACUCCUGCGAAGGACAAGCUGGCAGAUCCCUGA